ACGAGAACGACCAGUUCCUCUGCUUUCAUUUAAAGCCGCUGUGCGAUUCGCGAGUUGCUGUAUACAACCCUAGUGCAGUUAAAUGCAUAAUUAGCUCCAUUUUUUUAAUCCAAAAAAUUCUUGUAUACAAAAAUAAUUGUCACAGAGUUUUUCUAUUUUUUUUUUCUCUACACCACGACAUAAAACUUUCUCCAGACUUUUAAUUGGUUAAUAUUUGUCAGUAAAUUUUGAAAGCAUUUAGCAAGCCAUGAUAAAUGUUUCGUGCAUUAUUAGUGAUUAUAUUAUUGAUGAAUGACGUAAAUUUUAUCGUUGAUUUUAAAACGAUCAUCUAAAUAAUUGUGGUUGUAAUGGUGAUGAAGCAUUAAAAUAUAUUUCAGUAAAUAUUCAGUGGAAUUUUGAAACUAAGUAAAUAAGUGAAUAGUAACCUUUUAUAAAUAUCAACAAUACAUGUUUUUAACUGACAUCAUCCCCAUGAGCAAAUUCUACAAAGUCAAAAGUAUCAUUUAGUGUUUUCCCGCGAAUACAUUUGUUUAUUUAUCUCCAAAAAAAAACUAAAUAUCAGCGAAUUUUUUUUCAAAGUGUUUUUUUUUUGCACAUUUUACGAUAAUGAAAAAUCCAUUAAUAUUCUAUUCAAUAUAUUUGAGUGAUCAAGUUGGAUUGAAUCGUAAUAAUAAUAAUAAUAAUUCUGCCAUCAAUGAAAUUCAAUGCUUCUGAAGCCACAGUUAUGAGCUGGAUCUCUCGAUUUUGAGGACGAAUCAUUCGUCCAAGAUAUUCGACUCUUAAGGAUCCUGUGAAAUGUACUGGAAGGAAUGCAUCGGGAAGUUGUUACGAAAGGAUUUACAAUUUAAAUAUCGCUGCAAAAAUGUAGUUAUGUGGCACAUUAUAGUCUAUGCAAUCAUCAUCUCAUCGAUCUUAAUUCAGGAAUCUGCUGGAAACAUUUCACAAAAUUUUAUCACCAACUACCUCGAAGAACAUCGAUCAUACGAUACAGCACCUUACUUUGACACCACUGUUCAGCGUAAUACCACUGGGCUAGAAGGGAAAACUGUUCAUCUUGUAUGCAGAGUAAAAAACUUGGGCAAUUUAACAGUCUCUUGGGUCAGACACCGUGACAUCCACUUGUUGACAGUCGGACACUAUACAUACACUAGUGAUCAACGCUUCGAAGCUCUACAUACUCCACAUUCCGAGGAUUGGAUACUCAAGAUUCGCUACCCCCAACUCAAGGACUCAGGAAUAUAUGAAUGCCAAAUAUCAACGACGCCCCCAAUUGGCUAUAAAGUUUACGUCAAUAUAGUUAAACCAAUUACUGAGAUCGUAGGAGGAUCCGACCUAUUUAUCAAUAAAGGCAGUACAAUUAAUCUCACAUGUCUUGUCAAACAUGCACCUGAGCCACCCUCAGCCAUCAUUUGGAGCCACAAUCAUGAAGCGAUUAACUUCGAUUCACCUCGGGGAGGUAUUAGUCUGGUUACGGAAAAGGGUAGUGUGACAUCAAGUCGUUUGUUGAUUCAAAAAGCCAUCCAAGAAGAUUCGGGUAUUUAUACUUGUGCUCCAACUAACGCAGAACCUCUAAGCAUUCGUGUUCAUAUUCUGAAUGAAGAACACCCAGCAGCAAUGCAUCAUGGCUGUGGAACAAAAUUCGCUGCAACUUUACAGGUACUGGUUAGUUUUUUUCUACUCAUAGUUUAAACUGCAAUGCAUCCAAGUCCAUAACAAUGUAUGUGCAAAGAGUUCGAAAAGUGUCAUGAACUGUAAACUUAGAAGAUUGGAUUACUCCGAAAAAUACCGUGGAUCAUUGGAAAUCGGUACUACAAAACGACUGGAUUGCUGACGACCUGGAAACAACCAAAUGUGCUAUAAAAAGAAUCCACAAUGGUACCUAUGUACAAUAACAAGUUGCUGAGAUAAAUGUAAAACUUUUUUACGUGACUCAAGUACGAAUGUGUUUAUUUAUAAGAUUAAUACACGACUGUCAAAAAAAAUUAUCUAUGUGUUUAUAAAUAAAUAUGGUAAG